AUGACUCUAGGAACCUACAAUAGGCAUCAAGCCGAACGCAAGAAACAAGCGGCUCUGGCAGCGGCUUUCCCUCAGGGUAUUCGUUGCCAGAAGUGUUUGGAGUAUGGGCAUUGGAGUUACGAGUGCAAGGGGAAGCGUAAGAUACUCGUACGUCCAUCCCGAUCGCAAAUAUUGAAGAAGAAUUUGCAAUCAAAGAAAGAAAGUGAUUGCAGCAACGGAAAAUGCAAAGUUCCAAACAAAAAGAAGAGGCAAUCUUCAGACUGCUCGGAUUGCUCUGGAAGCAGCUCCUCGGGCAGUUCCUCUGAUUCAUCGUCAGGCAGCUCAGAUUCCUCGGACAGCGAUAGCAGCAGUGAUUCCGAGAGCAGCAGCAACGGCAGCAGCAGCGGCUCCGAGUCUUGCAGCGAUUGUUAA